AUGGCACAAAAUGGUUCUUUGGACGAGAGGACAUUUCGAGUAUACGAGGAUGACGAAAGUACUAAUCAAACCAUUGCCACGCCAAGAAGAAGAAAAUAUGUAAACGCCUACAAGAACGAUAACGUUGAUGUUUUAGAAAAUUCAGACACAGAACUAGAGCAAGGUAACAAUGAUGAAGUAGAAACCAUUAAUAUGGUUCAACAAGUGCAUGAGAGCCGAGGUUCUGAUGAAGAAUGGCUGGAGGAGGACUGGACCACCCAAGUAGAUUCCUAUGAGCCCAAACUUAAAGAGAUGGACACUACUCAGAAUGUGAGUUGUGAAGAAAGCCAAAUGCCCCAUGCGUCUCAGGAAAUAGUUAUUGAAAAUAAAGAUCAGGAUCCACAGAAUGCAAAUGAACAAGAUCGAACUCCU